CAACUUGAUGCACCUCUGUGGAUAGACAAUAUUAUGGCCUUUUCCAAAGGCUUCGCCCUCCUCUCACUCGUAUUUCUUGUUCACCUAGCUGGCAUUUACCUAUUCACAUCUGGUUUCCUACUUACACGUCUCUCACUCCCAAACUUCACUCAAUGUCCCGACAAGUCGUGUAUCCUUCCCCCCACCCAUAAACGCGCGGUCCUACUCAUCAUAGACUCCCUCCGCUUCGAUUUCAUCUCUCCCAACCCACCCGUUCCAAGUUCCCCAUUCCACCAUAACAUCCUUACGCUCCCGCAUGAGCUGACCGCCGCGCAUCCACAGAAUUCGUUCUUGUUCAACGCGUAUUCCGACGCUCCAACAGCCACGCUGCAAAGAAUAAAGGCGCUUACGACCGGGUCGCUGCCCACGUUCGUCGACAUUGGGAAUAACUUUGGAGGUUCGGCUAUUGCGGAGGAUUCGAUAAUGAAGCAGUUAAGGCUAGCGGGAAAGAAGAUUGCUUUCAUGGGAGACGAUACCUGGAUGUCUGUCUAUCCGGACUCUUUCGCGCUGAAUAUGACCUUUCCCGAAGAUUCAUUCAACGUGGAAGACUUGCACACCGUUGACGAAGGCGUCAUUCGCCACAUCUUCCCCCUGCUAGAAGAUAACUCGAAGCCAUUCGACUUUCUUAUUGGCCAUUUCCUUGGGGUCGACCAUGUCGGACAUCGAGUUGGGCCAGACCAUUCCAGCAUGAAGGACAAACUCAAACAGAUGGACACUGUUCUACGGCGGGUAGUUGACUUGCUGGAUCACGACACUCUCCUGGUGGUUCUCGGAGACCAUGGAAUGGACCGUUCAGGUGAUCAUGGUGGUGACGGUGACCUGGAGACCUCUUCCGCUAUGUGGGUGUACAGCAAAGGCGCUCCAUUGUCGACUUCCUCGUCAAAAAUCCCUUCCGGACUGUUGCAAUAUAAAACAUUUCCGAAUGCACCCAACUCUCAUCGCUGGAUUCAACAAAUCGACAUCGUUCCGUCCCUUUCCCUCCUUCUCGGCCUUCCAAUACCGUUCAAUAACCUCGGAAGUAUAAUUCCAGAGCUCUUCUGGCGCGAUCAAACGCUUGAGAACGCCCUUGCUAUCAACGUUCAGCAAAUCAAGGAUUAUCUUGACGCCUACCGAGCCAGUGCCUCUGGCUCUGAACUCGAUGACGCGUGGCCAAACCUCUUGAAUGCCUGGACCGCAACGCAAUCAACCACAUUAACCAACGAGCAACAUCUGAUUACCCUGGUCAACUACACACGAGUAGCAGUUGCUGCUUGCAGAGCGAUAUGGGCCCAGUUCAACCCCGUCUUGAUGGGACUCGGCUUGGUACUGUUGGGUGUGGGCAUCGUUGCAACAUGGGCGGCUUAUUCGGGAUUUUCGAAAGUGGGAGAUCGCUGGGACGAGUGGUUAGAGAGCCAGCUUAUGAACUACGUCCGAGGCGCGGCAAUUGGGUCCAUCAUGGGCUUAGGGCUCUACUAUGUGCUCGAAACAUCCUUAACUGGAAUGGAUGCACUCGAUGUUUGCGUUUUCGGCGCUAUGCUGAUGGCGUGUGUCGUCUUGAUUGCUUCAUCUCCGCCUAGUUUCAGCUCCUUUUCCCUGCCGGUUAUUCUGCUCAUAUUGCAUUCCGUCGCAUUCACCUCCAACUCGUUUACCUUCUGGGAAGACAGAAUGGUUCCGUUCUUACUCGUCUCCUCCUUGGCACCGUUUAUCAGGAAAGGUGUCUCUGCUCCGACUCCCCGACUCCGCUAUCGCAUCCUUGGCUUCUCGCUUCUCUUUGCCGUCUGUGUCCGGUUAAUGUCCAUCAGCACAGUGUGCCGUGAGGAACAGCAGCCAUAUUGUCACGUGACAUUCUACGCUUCUUCGUCGCUUCCUGCUCCCCCAACUUUGGUACUGUAUAUGGCCCUCCCGACAGCAUUUGCCAUUCCGUGGACUCUCCGGAGGUUCCUUCGAGUAUCGCGCUCACAUUUAGGCCUUGCCAAAAUCUUUUUACCCGCGAUCCUCUUGCCAGCUCUUACUGCUGGAGCUGGGUAUUGGUUCGUGGAAUGGGCAGACUCGGCGGGGGUCGUAGACGCAGAAUUAGCCGCGCUCUUGCGUAUUGCCAGAACAUGGGUUGCUCGAUCAAUUGUGCUGCUUGUCUUUGGUGGAGGGCUCCUGUGGUGGACCGUCCCGCUGUGCUUGGACAUUAUCGAAGCAACACCUAACUCUACUAACGAAAAGCGACAAGUCACAGUCAUUGGCUACGCGAAUGCCUUCGGCUCGUCGUAUCUGUUGUUCUGGAGCGGGUUCCUUGCGGUUAUAUAUCUUACCACACAGCUCACUGGCCAACUCGUGCUUGGACUGAUGGUUGUCGCUCUUAUGGCACACCUUGAAGUCAUCGACAGCACACGUGAUGUCCGGCUAUUCGAUACUCUUGCUGCCUCAAACCCAUCUGCUCUUCUCGAGCCCAACCGCCGACCGACGCGCUCUCCGCCCAUAACAUUUGCGGACAUCGUCCCGGUUGCUCUCCUUGGGCUACACGCAUUUUACGGAACGGGCCAUCAAGCCGUGAUCUCCUCCAUCCAAUGGAAAACGGCCUUCCUCCUCACCCCCACAAUGCACUUUUCGCUUUCCGCAACGACAGUCAUUCUCAACUCGGUUGGCGCAAUUCUCCUUGCCGCGCUUGCGGUCCCACUUCUUUCCCUCUGGAACCGCUCUCCCUUACCCUCCGACCAGAAAAAGAAUAAAACACGGCCAGACACACAGAUCCACGGCGAGAGCGUUAUCGCGGGCCUAGGCAUAAUGCUCUAUUACGCGUCACUGCUCUUUGGCGCUGCGGUCAGUGCCGCGAUUCUUCGGAGGCACCUAAUGGUCUGGAAGGUUUUCGCGCCACGGUUUAUGCUGGCGGUUGUGCAGCUGAUUGUUGUGGAUGUGGGUGUAUUGGUUGGGUUCGGACUCGGGGUUCAGCAUGUUGGGGGACACGUGGCGAAGAUGUUUCGUGGUGUAGAUACCCAGCUGGCUUAA